AUGUUGGAAAGUGUAAGCAAUGGGGCAGUUAUGGCAGUACAACUUGUUGUUGCAAUUAUAGCGAAUUUAAUUGUUUUUCUAGCAUUGCUUGCUUUAUUAAAUUCUGUUUUGGGGUGGAUGGGAGAAUUAGUUGGACAACAAGGGUGGAGUUUUGAAGCAAGUUUUUAUAAUAAUCUUUUUCUUGGCUAUUUAUUUUUCCCUCUUGCUUUUGUUAUGGGUGUUACAAAUCCAGGAGAAACAUUUAUUGUGGCACAAUUAAUGGGUACAAAGACUGCGUUAAAUGAAUUUGUGGCCUAUAAACAACUUGGCCAACUUGUAAAACAAGACAAACUUUCGCCUCGUUCUGCAAUGAUAGCUACCUAUGCGUUAUGCGGCUUUUCAAACUUUACAUCCAUCGGAAUCCAACUUGGGACACUUGGGGGAAUGGUCCCCUCCAGAAAAAGACUUUUAUCCCAAUUAGCAUUACGCUCCCUUUUGGCAGGCUGUAUUUCUUGUUUUUUGACUGCUUCUUUGGCCGGUGAUUUUUUUAAAGGAUUUUCGAAAAAAUUUUCCUUUCCUAUAGGUGUAUUAAUCGACCAACCCAUUUUAUGUCGUCCUCAGAAUGAAAAGGAACAUUGUUUUGAUGUAAAUAAAUUUAUUUAA